AGAUCCAGUCAAGAGAGCCAGCGCCGAGCUGGAGCAGACAGUGGAUGUGAGCACAGAAGAGGGGCAUUGACUGCAAGCAAGAAGAAAACGGCUAAUUUCAUGUGCACAGCGCAUACGACUUGACAACAGAGGCUCCCUGCGUGGAUUGAUAGGCAUUUGACGCCCUGCAGCUAGUAGAUAUUCGAGCAAAGGCUGGGGAUUCGAGGAGCUGUGAGGAGUGAUGAUCGGGCUAUGUGUGCUCUUGCUGUUUGAUUCCUGUCCUCAGACCACUUAGCCACUUUGCUGUGGUGCUGUUGCAGGCCGCCAGCCUUGCAGGUAGGCAGCGGCACUCACUGUGACUGACACAGAAUGAGCUCCAAGCACACCUCCGAUUGGAUUCCUUACAGCACUUUAGAUGAUGAGGGCACCAACCUGCGACAGCAGAAGCUUGAUCGACAGCGAGUGCUCCUUGAGCAGAAGCAGAAGAAGAAACGUCAGGAACCUCUGAUGGUCCAGUCCAAUGUGGAUGGACGAUCUCGCACCCGCCGUACCAAACAGAGUGAGGAGCAGGCUCCGUUGGUGGAAUCCUACCUCAGCAGUAACAGCAGUACCAUCUACCAUGUGCAAGAAGCCAAGCAGGAGGAGGUGAAGGUGAAAGCAGAUUCGCAGCCCCCUCGCUCUGUGAAAAAGGGCAGAGCGUCCGCCAGCUCCACUCCGCAAACAGGCAGUGACAAGAAGGAGAGGAAGGGGAAGCACAAAGCAGGGAUGGACAGCCUGGCCUGCCAGUCGGAGGAUGGUCAGAUCCAAAUCUUAACAGUAGGUCACCCUUCAUCAGAAGAGGGAGAUGGCGAGCCUGUCAUGAGCUGCACUCAGUCACAGAGCAAACAGGACCUGAGAGUGACUAUGCUCAAAAAAGGCAUAUCCAGCAGUAUGAAUUUUGACGAAGAAGAUGAUGAAGAUGAAAUUAGUUCCACUUCCUCACAGCUCAACAACAACACAAGACCAGGCUCUGCCACCAGCAAAAAGUCAUGCAAGGAGGUUGCAUCAGCGCCAUCUCCACCUGUCACUGAACCUGCCAUUGAUGUGGACGACCUUGAAGAGUUUUCAUUGCGACCUGCACCACAGGGGGUAAGAGUGAAGUGCAGGAUCACCAGGGACAAGAAAGGCAUGGACAGAGGCAUGUAUCCUACUUACUAUCUUCACCUGGAAAGAGAGGAUGGCAAGAAGGUGUUCUUGUUAGCAGGCAGGAAGCGAAAAAAGAGUAAAACAUCAAAUUACCUCAUCUCCAUUGAUCCCACUGAUUUGUCCCGAGGUGGAGAGAGCUUCAUUGGUAAAUUGAGGUCAAACCUCAUGGGGACCAAGUUUACUGUAUAUGACAGUGGUCUGAACCCUAUGAAGACCACCACCAGCCUUGAAGACAGCAAUAUGCGCCAAGAGCUUGCAGCCAUUUGCUAUGAAACCAAUGUCUUAGGAUUUAAAGGACCUCGUAAAAUGAGCGUCAUCAUUCCUGGAAUGAAUAUGGACCAUGAGAGAGUGUCAAUUCGCCCACGAAAUGACCAUGAGUCAUUGUUGGCGAGGUGGCAGAACAAGAACACAGAGAGUGUGAUUGAACUUCACAACAAAACUCCAGUGUGGAACGAUGAUACACAAUCAUAUGUGCUCAACUUCCAUGGCAGAGUCACUCAGGCCUCUGUCAAGAAUUUCCAAAUCAUUCACGACAACGACCCCGACUACAUUGUGAUGCAGUUUGGCCGUGUGGCAGAGGACGUCUUCACCAUGGACUAUAACUACCCAAUGUGUGCCCUUCAAGCCUUCGCCAUAGCCCUGUCCAGCUUUGACAGCAAGUUAGCCUGUGAAUAAGACAGCAGUCUGAGUGAGCUUCAGUGGCCAAAUUCUCUGUGUUGUCUCAUCAAGGGCUGUUCACGUAUCCCCAGGGCUGUUCUGAGAUCUCCAAAACACCUUGGAAAUCCUGCAUAUCCCAAAAUGCUUUGUGGGCCUCAAGUUCUCUCUCUGUGUGUGCGUGUGUGUGUGUGUGUGUAGGUGCAGGAUGGAUACUCUGUGAAAGACUUCAAGCACAAAGAGUAAUCAGCUUUUAAAAUGAAAUACAUGAAAACAUUUUGGAGUGUACCGGCACUCUAACGAACCACUGUUCCUUUACGUGCUAGCUAGAGAUGUUUAACAUUCUUUUCCUGUAACUAAUAAUUGUAUAUUUGUACCGUUUAUGACUUGGCUCCAUUUUAUGUGUCACCACAAUAACGCAAGGUAAAAAAAAAAAACACUUCCUGAAGCAUGACUACUUCUUACACACUUCCUAAAUUCAAAAUAACAUGCAUGUGAAAGGCUAUUUAUUUUGUUAUUUAUGUAUUUAUUACAUGUUGACUUUUGUUCUUGGACAGUAUUGGCUCUGCGGAGCUGCAAGCACACGGAGGUCGAAGUAUCCACACUAAACGACUGGACACAAGCAGGGCAAAGGCAUGUCACACUCUGCUGUGUACCGUAUAAUAUUGUGUCACUGGGUCACAUAUGUGAAUGUAAAGAAAUAUCGCAGCACUUUAAUUUCAAGCCAGUAGUGGACGACAUAUAGCUGUACAUGGUUUCUUGUGCCUUUUCAACACUAACUGCGGUGUUACGCUUUGGCUGUAAAAUGAGCUGAGCCUGUUCUUGCUAUCGGGUCUUUCCCUGUCACUAAUCACAAGACAGGCGCUUAUGUCGACUCAUCAAACAACACAAAUGACGAGAAACACAAAUAAGAGAAUCGCAUCCACAUGAAUACUGUGUUAUUUUUUGCCAGGGGAUUAGCACACACUGCAUAACACUCGACUAACAUCUAAUAUAGGCCAUCUAUUCUUCCAUCUUUGAACUAUUUUUAUAAAUUACUCUUCUAAAGAGAGAUUUAUUCCACAUAUGAGUCCCCGCCCACACUUCACUCGGUGACAUCCUUUCUCAAAUUCACCAUACGACAACAUUUUGUACUGUACUUCAUGACCAUCAAAAAAAUACUGACUGACGGCAAAGAACAAUCUCUGAUACUGCAAUUGUUGUGGAUCAUGAGGAAAUCUUUAUCAGAUGUGCUAUUCUUGUACUUAACUGUGUUCUAUUAACUAUUUUGGAUUUCUAUUUGAGAACUGUUGAUACCCUUUGCUGUGAAGUGUGCUUUUUGUACAUGUGUUCAAGAUCCCAUGCUUCUUCUUUCUCUUUGUUUUUAGUGCUGUCGUUGUGAUGUACAGUAAAUGGUGUUAUGUGAUGAUAUAGACACACUUUUUUGAUCAU